UUCAGCUAAGAUGGCUGACAGUAUCCUGCUAAACCCGGUGCUGAAGAACUCGAAAAAAAUUGCUUAUUACAACACUGCAAGACAUUCCAGGUAUUCUUUAGAAGAUGAACCCUCUAACUUGGACGAGAUGCCCCUGAUGAUGUCUGAGGAAGGUUUUGAGAACGAUGAGAGUGAUUACCACACCCUACCUCGGGCCAGGGUUAACCAGAGACAGAGAGGUCUGGGGUGGUUCCUCAUGGGGGGCUGGAAGAUCCUCUGUGGCAGCUGCUGUGACUGCUUGGCUCGUACGUGUCGGAGGAAGAAGGAGCUGAAAGCCCGGACAGUGUGGCUGGGCCACCCGGAGAAGUGUGAGGAGAAGUACCCCAAGAACGCCAUCAAAAACCAGAAGUACAACUUCUUCACCUUUGUGCCUGGGGUUCUCUACCAGCAGUUCAAGUUCUUCCUGAACCUGUACUUUCUAGUGGUGGCCUGCUCCCAGUUUGUGCCAGCCCUAAAAAUAGGGUACUUGUACACCUACUGGGCACCUCUGGGCUUUGUGAUGGCUGUUACAAUGGUACGUGAGGCCGUGGACGAGGUCCGACGGUACCAGAGGGACAAGGAGAUGAACUCCCAGCUCUACAGCAAGCUCACAGUGCGAGGUAAAGUUCAAGUGAAGAGUUCUGACAUACAAGUUGGAGACCUCAUCAUAGUUGAAAAGAACCAAAGGAUCCCUGCAGAUAUGAUAUUUCUAAGGACAUCAGAGAAGACUGGUUCAUGUUUCAUCAGGACGGACCAAUUAGAUGGAGAGACAGACUGGAAGUUGAAAGUUGCUGUUGUUUGCACACAAAGACUACCUGCUCUGGGGGACCUCUUUUCCAUCAAUGCUUAUGUCUAUGCCCAGAAGCCUCAGCUGGACAUCCACAGUUUCGAGGGAAACUUCACAAGGGAAGACGGUGACCCACAAAUCCAUGAGAGUUUGAGUAUUGACCACACCCUUUGGGCCAGCACUAUUGUGGCAUCUGGCACAGUGAUAGGGGUGGUGAUCUACACAGGAAAAGAGACCAGGAGUGUACUGAACACGUCCUCCCCCAAGAAUAAGGUUGGUCUGCUGGACCUGGAGCUGAACCGCCUUACCAAGGCUCUGUUCCUGGCUCAGGUGGUCCUGUCGGUUGUCAUGGUAGCGCUGCAGGGCUUUGUGGGCCCCUGGUUUCGCAACCUGUUCCGCUUCAUCGUGCUAUUCUCCUACAUCAUCCCCAUCAGCUUGCGUGUCAAUCUGGACAUGGGGAAGUCGGCCUACGGUUGGAUGAUCAUGAAAGAUGAAAACAUCCCUGGUACCGUGGUACGGACCAGUACCAUCCCUGAAGAGCUGGGCCGCCUGGUGUACCUACUGACUGACAAAACAGGCACUCUGACACAGAACGAGAUGAUCUUCAAGCGGCUGCACCUGGGGACAGUGUCUUAUGGGACGGACACCAUGGACGAGAUACAGAGCCAUAUAGUGCAGUCAUACGCACAGCCGAGCUCUCAGACCCAGCAGUCCAACGGCAGCAACAGCAGCACCAGCUCCACCCCAUCCAGGAAGCCACAACCAGCCCAGGCCCCCAAGGCGGUGGCCCCCAAGGUCCGCAAGAGCGUCAGCAGCCGCAUCCAUGAGGCGGUGAAGGCCAUCGCACUGUGCCACAACGUCACGCCCGUCUACGAGUCCCGCGCCAGUGUCUACGGGGAGACAGAGUCCACUGCCGCCGAGGCCGACCAGGACUUCAGCGACAACAACCGCACCUACCAGGCCUCCAGCCCUGAUGAGGUGGCGCUGGUGCGGUGGACGGAGAGCGUAGGGCUGACUCUGGUGAACAGGGACCUGACCUCCCUGCAGCUGAAGACCCCAGCAGGACAGAUCCUAACCUACUACAUCCUGCAGAUCUUCCCCUUCACCUCCGAGAGCAAGAGGAUGGGCAUCAUCAUCAGGGAGGAGACCACAGGUGACAUCACGUUUUAUAUAAAGGGUGCUGAUGUUGCCAUGGCGUGUAUCGUGCAGUACAAUGAUUGGCUGGAGGAGGAGUGUGGGAACAUGGCCAGGGAAGGGCUUCGGACCCUGGUGGUGGCUAAGAAAUCUCUGUCUGAGGAGCAGUAUACAGACUUUGAGAACCGGUACAACCAGGCCAAGCUGAGUAUCCAUGACCGGGCUCUGAAGGUGUCAGCGGUGGUAGAGAGUCUGGAGAGGGAGAUGGAGCUUCUGUGUUUGACUGGGGUUGAGGACCAACUACAGGCCGACGUCAGGCCAACCCUGGAGCUCCUCAGAAACGCUGGGAUCAAGAUAUGGAUGCUGACUGGGGAUAAGCUGGAGACAGCUACUUGUAUCGCUAAAAGCUCCCAUUUGGUGUCCAGAAGCCAAGAUAUUCAUGUCUUCAGAUCGGUCUCCAACAGAGGAGAGGCCCAUCUGGAGCUCAAUGCCUUCAGAAGGAAACACGACUGUGCUCUCGUCAUCUCUGGAGACUCCUUGGAGGUGUGUCUGCGGUACUAUGAGCAUGAGUUUGUGGAGCUGGCAUGUCAGUGUCCGGCGGUAGUCUGCUGUCGCUGCUCCCCCACUCAGAAAGCCCAGAUCGUCCACCUGCUCAAGCAGCACACAGCCAACAGAACCUGUGCCAUAGGUGAUGGAGGUAAUGAUGUCAGUAUGAUCCAGGCAGCAGACUGUGGUAUCGGCAUUGAAGGAAAGGAGGGGAAGCAGGCAUCCCUGGCGGCAGAUUUCUCCAUCACUCAGUUUAAGCACAUUGGCCGGCUGCUUAUGGUCCACGGCAGGAACAGCUACAAGCGCUCAGCAGCCCUGGGCCAGUUUGUCAUGCACCGAGGCAUGAUCAUAUCAGCCAUGCAGGCGGUGUUUUCCUCCAUUUUCUACUUUGCAUCAGUCCCUUUGUACCAGGGUUUUCUCAUGGUUGGGUAUUCUACCAUCUACACUAUGUUUCCUGUAUUUUCCCUGGUGCUGGACCAGGACGUGAAGCCAGAGAUGGCCCUGCUGUACCCUGAGCUUUACAAAGACCUCACCAAGGGUCGUUCCUUGUCUUUCAAGACUUUCCUCAUUUGGGUGUUAAUCAGUAUUUACCAAGGUGGCAUCCUGAUGUACGGCGCACUGCUGUUGUUUGAGUCUGAGUUUGUGCACGUGGUGGCCAUCUCCUUCACUGCGCUGAUCCUCACCGAGCUGCUCAUGGUGGCGCUUAACAUCCGUACCUGGCACUGGCUCAUGGUGCUAGCAGAGUUCCUCAGUCUGGGCUGCUACAUAGCCUCGCUUGCCUUCCUCAAUGAGUACUUUGGCAUAGGCAGGGUGUCCUUUGGAGCAUUUCUGGACCUGGCCUUCAUCACGACGCCAGCCUUCCUGUGGAAGGUGUCAGUGAUCACCGUCGUCAGCUGUCUCCCUCUCUAUGUCAUCAAAUACCUGAAGCGCAAGUUCUCACCACCCAGCUACUCCAAGCUGUCCUCAUGAGCCAUUUUAAGCUCUCUCCUGCUUACACAACUCCCCUAAUUAUCUUUCUUACGCUCUCUAUGAUCCAACCUUUCUUUUCAGCGCUUUUUUUACUGAUCCACAUUGACAGACAGGGAACCUAAAGAGGUCAAGGGACCACUAGAAGCAAAAACAUGAAGAGUAUUGUAUGGAUUUAUGUCACUGGAAUGUGGUAUUACUUGAAAAGACUGAGCACCACACAAAGGCUAAAAAGGGACAGGGAAGGGGUAAAAACAGAACAAAUUACCCUUAAAUGCACUUCCAACUGAUCGGCUGGAUGACUAGGGUUUCCGCAUUUAACUUCUUGUAUAUGUAGUUCUGGAUUUUAAAAAAUAGGUUUAUUACGUUCAACAUUAUUCAUCUCUAUAUUGAGUAGAGAUACUAGUAUGAUGGUUUAAUUUGUGAUUUACUACUUUGUGUUGUGAUUCCUAAGCACUGUAAAUACGAACUUAACAUGUGCAGCAUUUUACUACUGUACCCAGAUGCUUAACUGUACUUACCUAGGGAAAACGUACAUUAACCAAAAUAAGCUACAUUUUGCAUCUAAAAGAGUGAAAAGUGCAAAUUAUUUGUUCUGGGAACAACACCCAACUGGCUUUGGAGUUUCUCUCUAUACAAUAAGUCCUUUACAUUUCCAGAUGCUGAAUAUCAUAUAAAAUAUCUUCAUGAAUUCCUGAUAGUAGAAACCAGCACUCCAUAGUUAAUUUGAUUUAGACAAUCGUAUUCCGUGCAUCCUGGCCUUGAACACAGUGUAUUACGCUAUAGGGAUGUCUAUUUGUCAUUGGCUGCCAGCCCUGGUUGCUGGACAUGCCAGUUUGCGUUUGUGCCUCAUUGUUUGAUUGUUGCGUUUGGAAAUCGGCUCUCAUAGCUCCGGAUGUCAAUCAGAGGAUUAGCUAGACUAGCUAGUGUAUUCUGUCUCUUAUUUGCAAGAUAUCCUGGGCCAGCAGCUUGACCACAGGGGAUCUACCUUGCUGUAACCACUCACUUCUGACAAUAUUUCACAAUGACUACUGUUCUCGCUCAAUCUCAAACAACCACAGAAUAUUAAGGCCGUAUUUUUGUAGGCAUCCUCUGACAAUUACUAAUAUGACAGAAUCUUUAUUGAACUCUAAUCAUGUCUUCUGGGCUUGAGAUGAAACUGACUUCACCCUGCUAUGGAUGCAAAGACGAAACCUGACAGUGGUUUGGAGGAAUGAGUUUUAUCAUUCUUGCCAUGUGAGUGUGUGCGUUUAGUUAGAUAUAAGUUCCUAGUCCAAACACAAUUGAAUAAAUGUAUCAUCAUGCUCACACUGAUCUCUUUUCCUGAUUUGUUUUUGUCUGUACAAUAAGUGUUAUAUAUUUCUUAGUGUAAGAGGUUGCCAUGUUUUUGUAUCCCAUUUGAGUUGAACUCAGGUAAAUCAUUCCUGUACGUCCUGAAUAUUAAUAGAAUUGUGGCAACCAUACUGUACAUGGCAACGCUGUAUAAGGCAGACAGGGCUGUUAUGUUUAUUUAUGAAUUAAGUAUGGACAUGGCUGUUAUUUUAAUACGAAUAAUUGUUUAAAAAAAUUAUUAACUUGAUCCCAAUUGUCUAAACAUUAUGUGUUUUCUGUUGAUACUUGUGCUCUGUUUGUAUGAUGUUAUACAGGUUUAGUCUGUUGAGGACUUGCAUUCUAUGUCAUAGACUGCAAAAUAUGGUAUUACUAUUGAUUAAUGAGCAAUAAACUGACAUUUUAACAAAUAA